AUGAGGAUAGAGGCAGACCCUGUGAGCUCUGAGGAUCAUUAGUGUCUUUUGUUCACAACAUCCCAGGAAGCUAUAGGAAGAGUAGGCUGCUUGGAGAAAGCAAGCUCGAUGUUGCAACCUCAAAUCCUUGCAAGCACAAGACAGUUCUGCUCUGCUGAGCCUCUCUUUUUAAGGGGAGGGGGAGUAUGCCUCUGUGAGACUGCAAGCCUGGACCUUCGCUCGAACCCAUGUGCAUUUGCUCAGUAAUACUUUCAAUGAGAGCAAUCCUGAAAGACUUCCACCUGAACAGACGGUAACGAGAUUCGCUGUCACUCUUGUAACCAGAUUGCUUUAUUUUUCUAUUCCUUUUUUUUUUUUUUAUUUCGUUUCUUUCUGCAUGCUAACUUAUAGGCAAUGCGAACGCUGCCGGAGAUGCUGUGCUGCAGAACCACAAGCCAAAGGGAUAAGGAUCUGGGAAUGAGAUAAUGAGAUGCUUUGUAUUUAAGAACAUCAUUUGUGUUUAAGAAGCUAUUGCCAAUCAGUUUUCGUAACCUGCUUUGACCAGUUCACACAACCUCUCAAUGGAUGCUGACGGAUUAUCAGGUUUGUAGAUUGGCGCAGGAGAACCAUAGUUUGCCAGAUAUAGGUGCCCGGGCAGUGGAAGGCAACCAAAAAGAGACGACGAAAGGCCAGAAUAAUAAACUAACAUUGAUUCGCACAUCCACUGAAUCUGGCUGUUGUUGCUUUGCUUCGUAUUAUGUCUGCACUCCGAAGGAAAUUUGGGGACGAUUAUCAGGUAGUGACCACUUCCUCCAGUGGCUCUGGAUUUAAUCAAGCUGCCCCCAAAAAGAAAAGGCAGAGGUUUGUGGAGAAGAACGGCAGGUGCAACGUCCAGCAUGGGAACCUGGGAAGCGAGACCAGCAGAUACCUCUCUGACCUCUUCACCACCUUGGUGGACCUUAAAUGGCGCUGGAACCUAUUCAUCUUCAUUUUGACUUACACUGUCGCCUGGCUUUUCAUGGCAUCCAUGUGGUGGGUCAUUGCCUACCUGAGAGGGGAUCUUAACAGAGCACAUGACGAAAACUACACACCUUGCGUGGCCAACGUCUACAACUUUCCAUCUGCCUUUCUCUUCUUCAUUGAGACCGAGGCCACCAUCGGGUAUGGAUUCAGGUACAUCACAGACAAGUGCCCUGAAGGAAUUAUUCUCUUCCUUUUCCAGUCCAUCCUUGGCUCCAUCGUCGAUGCCUUUUUGAUAGGCUGCAUGUUUAUUAAGAUGUCCCAACCCAAAAAGAGAGCAGAGACUCUCAUGUUCAGCGAAUUUGCCGUCAUCUCCAUGAGGGAUAGCAAGCUCACCCUGAUGUUCAGAGUGGGCAACCUCCGAAACAGCCAUAUGGUCUCCGCUCAGAUUCGCUGUAAAUUGCUCAAAUCUCGACAGACACCCGAGGGUGAGUUCCUCCCUCUCGAUCAGCUGGAACUGGAUGUAGGAUUCAGCACAGGGGCCGAUCAGCUUUUUCUGGUUUCCCCUCUUACAAUCUGCCACGUGAUUGAUGCCAAGAGCCCCUUCUAUGAGCUCUCCCAGCGAUCCAUGCAGACGGAGCAGUUUGAAAUUGUUGUCAUCCUGGAGGGCAUAGUGGAAACCACUGGAAUGACGUGUCAAGCCCGAACAUCGUACACCGAGGAUGAAGUUCUUUGGGGUCAUCGUUUUUACCCUGUAAUUUCUCUAGAAGAAGGAUUCUUCAAAGUAGACUACUCACAGUUCCAUGCAACGUUUGAAGUUCCCACCGCACCUUACAGUGUCAAAGAACAAGAAGAAAUGCUUCUCAUGUCUUCACCAAUAAUAGCACCAGCAGUAGGUAACAGCAAAGAAAAAAAUAGCUCUGUAGACACUCUGGACAGCCUGGACGACAUAAGCACAAAAAUGCCUCCAAAACUUCAGAAAAUCACUGGCAGGGAGGACCUACCAAGAAAAUUACUCAGAAUGAGUUCUACAACUUCAGAGAAAGCUUACAGCAUGGGUGACUUGCCCAUGAAGCUCCAACGAAUAAGCUCUGUACCGGGUAAUUCGGAAGAGAAACUGGUCAUUAAAACCACUAAGAUGAUGUCAGAUCCAAUGAGCCAGUCGAUAGCAGAUUUACCUCCGAAGCUUCAAAGAUUGUCUGGUGGGGGCAGGAUGGAUGGAAACUUGCCUCCUAAAUUAAGAAAAAUGAAUUCAGACAGAUUUACAUAACAAAAACAUUUCAGGUAUUAUUUAAAAAAUGGGUUUAGAAAAAAAAAACUCAUCAAAAUAUACACGAGGAACUGUACAAGCUCUUACCGAGCCUUUGUAGGAAAACCA